UGGUUAAACAGAAACAAAUAAACAUCGCAAUUUUCAAUAUCCUCCCUUCUCUCCUCCCAAAAAGGGAAACAAAAACACACAAGCAGAGACAACUGGUAAGGGAAAAUGGCAAUUACGGAUGAAAGUUCGCCAAUCUGGGUACAAAUUGACCGCGCUGAAAAUUAUCUCGUGUGCUGCAUGUUCGAUGAGGCGGCAUCGUUAGCUUCCACUGUUCUUAAACAAUUGCUUGAUAAUAAUAACCGCAGCAAUACGGAUUCGAAAUUUCCAGAGAGUUUUGAAAAUGAAUGGAAUGAUAUGCUGGAAUCAGCUGGUAUGGUUCUCGUACAAUCCAAUAAACAAUUGAGAAGGACGUCGGAGAUACUGAAGGAGCUCAAACUGUUAUUUGGUUCGGUCAAUCUCAUCCCCGUUCAGGUUUUCAUGACGGGGGUGUGCUUUCAAUUGUCGGAGAGCCUCUCAACUACUGCUCAAGGUUUUCUUGAGGACUUUGUCAACAGCUGGGUGUACGUGGAUGACAAAUACCAUCCUCUUGCAGGUGAAGAAGCUAGGGUAGCUGAUACAGGAGGAUCUUGCUCUCCAUUUUCAAUCAGUGUUGACAAGUAUUUAGAAGUUGUUGAGCUCUAUGUUGUGACACUUCUUGCUACAAGUUUGAAAGACACAAACUUGGCUAUCUCCUGGGUGGAAAAAGCUGUGCUGCCCAUGGAGAAGCGUCAGGUUCUUCUGAGGCGCUUACAAUCUAUGAGUUCUUCCAUGACCAGCUCAUCUCAAACUUCUAUAUCACCUCAGCUGUCAGAUGUAUACAAAUCUGAAUUCUUAAAAGACCAAACUCCAUAUAGUGGACAUCAGAAAGAUAUUGCACCAGAAUACCUAACUCACGAACAGAAUAAUACAGCAAAGGCAGAAAUUCUGAAACUUUCGCGGAACCGAGUUCCAUACUUCUGGUGGUUUCCUACUUUUAAUGUGAAGUUAGGAAAUAUUCAAUUAUCCAUACCAAGUGGGAAAUUUCUGUUGGCAUCUCUGCUAUUGAUCAUGUGUUACAUCACAAGAAAAAAGCAAGCUCUGUUGAAGAGGUUUCUUUCUAAGCAUGCUCUCUCUUUCAGAAAGGCUUUGCUGGACCUGUGGCAACUUGCAUUCUCAUACCAAGUGAAUCCCCUAGCUGCUGUUCAAACAUUGCCUAACUCGACACGAGGGAACCACUGACGGGAAAAUAUCUCCUGCCACUUCAAUCGGGAUCAACCGUGCAAGAACUAUAGUCUGCACUUGGAAUUUGAGAAGUUUGAUUCCUGUUUGGCUGAUGCUGCAUUUUUGGUAGUGGCUCGAAGUGCUUCUUGAGGUUCGGCGUGUCUUAUUUGAGGGAAAUUGUGAGAUGAUACUCUUUCCCUUUGUGUAGGGGAGAUUUGCUAAGAAUCAAUACCUACCUAUAUAUAUAAAAAAGCAUAAACCACUUUCAGAAA